AGAGAGAGAGAGAGAGAGAGAGAGAGUCAGAGAGAGCUCCAUGGGUCGUCGCAUCUAUGGUGGCUCCGCCGUCAUUCAUAUCUUUCUUUUCUUCUUCGUCCUAAUCUUCUCCGCCGCAUCUGCAUUAUCCAAGAACUCGAAUCCUUCUUCCGGGUCGGGUCAGAUCAACUCAAACUCUGUCCUCGUAGCUCUUCUUGACUCUCGUUACACUGAGCUAGCUGAGCUCGUCGAGAAAGCUCUUCUCCUCCAGACACUUGAAGACGCUGUUGGUCGUCACAAUAUUACCAUUUUUGCCCCACGCAAUGAAGCUCUUGAGCGUGACCUUGACCCGGAGUUCAAGAGGUUCUUGCUCGAGCCAGGUAAUCUCAAAUCUCUCCAAACACUCCUAAUGUUCCACAUUAUACCCAAUCGGGUCGGGUCGGACCAAUGGCCUUCAGAAGAAUCGGGUCGGGUCAAGCACCACACGCUAGGAAACGAUCAGGUCCAUUUGAGCAAUGGAGAAGGAAAAAAAAUGGUUGAUUUAGCUGAGAUUAUCCGACCCGAUGAUUUGACCCGACCCGACGGAUUGAUCCACGGGAUCGAACGGCUUCUCAUUCCUCGCUCCGUUCAAGAAGAUUUCAAUCGCCGUCGUAGCCUCCAGUCAAUCACCGCCGUUUUACCCGAAGGAGCUCCUGAAGUUGACCCGAGAACCAACCGUCUUAAGAAACCUGCAGCUCCAGUCCCCGCCGGAUCUCCACCGUCUCUUCCGAUUCAAUCCGCCAUGGCUCCUGGUCCAUCGCUAGCUCCGGCACCAGCUCCGGGACCUGGAGGCAAGCAGCACCACUUCGACGGUGAAGCUCAAGUUAAAGAUUUCAUCCACACACUGUUACAUUACGGCGGUUACAACGAGAUGGCUGACAUUCUCGUGAAUUUGACGUCACUCGCGACGGAGAUGGGUCGCUUGGUGUCAGAAGGCUAUGUGUUGACGGUUCUAGCUCCUAAUGACGAAGCUAUGGCGAAACUGACGACGGAUCAGUUGAGUGAACCAGGAGCACCGGAGCAGAUUGUGUAUUACCAUAUUAUCCCUGAGUAUCAAACGGAGGAGAGUAUGUAUAAUUCUGUUAGGAGAUUUGGGAAGGUGAAGUUCGAUACGCUGCGUUUUCCUCAUAAGGUUGCGGCUAAGGAAGCUGAUGGUUCGGUUAAGUUUGGUGAUGGUGAAAAGUCAGCGUAUUUGUUCGAUCCUGAUAUUUAUACCGACGGUCGGAUUUCGGUUCAAGGGAUUGAUGGUGUUUUGUUUCCUCAAGAGGAGGAGAUUGUUGAAUCGGUUAAGAAACCGGUUAAAAAAGUUGUUCAGUCGAGAAGAGGGAAAUUGUUGGAAGUAACCUGUAGCUUGCUUGGUGCUUUUGGCAAGGACACUUAUCUCAGCAAAUGCCGAACAAUGAAAGCCUUGUUUCGAUUCAAGUCUUGCUUGUUUGAUCCAACACGAAGAAGGAACCCAAUCGUUUCUUUCUCAAAGUCAUCUAAAUCUAACAAAACCCGUGAGAGCACCCCAUCGAAGAUCCAAGCAGAAGCUACUGCAAUCACCUCACUUUUCAACGAGAUUACUGAUAUUUUAGGAUCGGAUGUUGCCCAAACAGAUGAGACUACGCGGCUCAGAGCCCAUGUGUCAGGACCUGUCUGUGAUAAUGGAGCAUUGCUUUCUUGCACGCAAGGUGUUCGUGAAAAUGCCGCAAUGGGAUUUUCAGGUGAGAAUGAAGAGGCUCAGAAAGGUCUUCUUGAAGAAGUUGACUUCAGCCCCGUGGUUCAUCAGAUUACGAGUGUCGUUAGGGCAGAUGAUGAAUUAGUUUCCAUGGAGGAGAGGUUAGAGAAAUUGAGUUUUCGGUUUGAACCAGAAAUAGUAGAGAAUGUACUGAAGAGGUGCUUCAAGGUUCCUCAUUUGGCUAUGAGGUUCUUUAAUUGGGUGAAACAAAAGGAUGGUUUUUCGCAUAGAGUCGGAAUUUACAACACCAUGCUUAGCAUAGCUGGGGAAGCGAGAAAUCUCGAUAUGGUAGACGAAUUGGUGAAAGAAAUGGAGAAGCACGCUUGUGAUAAGGAUAUCAGGACAUGGACUAUUCUUAUCUCAGUUUACGGGAAAGCAAAAAAGAUUGGAAAGGGUAUGCUAGUUUUUGAGAAGAUGAGGAAAAGUGGCUUCGAACUCGAUGCUGCGGCUUACAAUAUCAUGAUUAGGUCCCUAUGCAUCGCUGGUAGAGGUGAUCUUGCGCUUGAAUUCUAUAAGGAAAUGAUGGAAAAGGGUAUCACUUUUGGAUUGAGAACGUACAAGAUGUUACUAGAUUGCAUAGCGAAAUCAGAGAAAGUUGAUGUAGUCCAGUCCAUUGCAGAUGACAUGGUUAGGAUAUGUGAGAUAUCAGAACAUGAUGCUUUUGGUUAUUUGCUCAAGAGUUUUUGUGUUUCCGCUAAGAUAAAAGAAGCUCUGGAACUGAUCCGCGAGCUUAAAAACAAGGAAAUGUGCCUCGACGCUAAAUAUUUUGAGAUUUUGGUUAAAGGACUUUGUAGAGCCAAUAGAAUGGUAGAUGCUCUAGAGAUUGUUGAUAUAAUGAAGAGAAGGAAACUGGAUGACUCAAAUGUCUAUGGGAUCAUCAUCAGUGGGUAUCUCAGGCAAAACGAUGUUUCAAAAGCACUUGAACUGUUUGAGGUUAUUAAAAAAUCAGGGCGUCUCCCUAGAGUUUCCACAUACACUGAGAUUAUGCAACACCUCUUCAAGUUGAAACAGUUUGAAAAGGGUUGCAACUUAUUCAGUGACAUGAUCGAGAGCGGGAUUGAGCCUGACAGCGUUGCUAUCACAGCCGUGGUUGCUGGUCAUUUGGGCCAAAACCGAGUAGCAGAGGCAUGGAAGGUGUUUGGCAGCAUGGUGGAAAAGGGCAUCAAACCUACAUGGAAAUCGUAUUCGAUCUUUGUGAAAGAGCUCUGUAAAUCAUCAAGAUAUGAUGAGAUCAUUAAGCUAUUCAAUCAAAUGCACGCCUCCAAGAUGGUUAUUAGAGAUGAUAUAUUUUCUUGGGUUAUCUCUAGUAUGGAGAAAAAUGGUGAAAAGGAGAAUAUUGAUCUUAUCAAAGAAAUCCAGAAAAGAUGCAAUCCCUAUUGUCAAGAACUAAACGGAUCUGGCAAAGCAGAAUUUAUUCAAGAAGAAGAGCUUGUUGAUGACUAUAAUUGUCCACAACUAGUGCAGCAGUCAGCUCUUCCACCAGCUUUAUCUGCUGCUGAUAAAAUGGAUGUGCAAGAAAUUUGCCGUGUGUUAUCAUCCUCCCGAGAUUGGGAGAGAACACAAGAAGCUCUAGAAAAAUUGACAGUCCAGUUCACACCAGAACUGGUAGUUGAGGUUCUACGUAAUGCCAAGAUACAAGGCAACGCUGUUUUACGUUUCUUUUCAUGGGUGGGAAAGAGAAAUGGCUAUAAGCAUAAUUCAGAGGCAUACAACAUGAGCAUCAAAGUUGCAGGAUGUGGGAAAGAUUUUAAGCAGAUGAGAAGUCUGUUUUACGAGAUGAGAAGACAAGGCUGCUUGAUAACACAAGAUACUUGGGCAAUCAUGAUAAUGCAGUAUGGUAGAACCGGUCUUACUAACAUUGCUAUUAGAACGUUCAAGGAAAUGAAAGAUAUGGGUCUGAUCCCGAGCUCUUCGACCUUCAAGUGUUUAAUCACAGUUCUUUGUGAGAAGAAAGGCAGGAACGUUGAAGAAGCCACCAAAACAUUCCGCGAGAUGAUUCGUUCGGGUUUUGUCCCAGAUAGAGAACUAGUCCAAAACUACUUGGGAUGCUUAUGUGAAGUUGGUAACACGAAGGAUGCAAAAAGUUGUUUGGAAUCUCUUGGCAAGAUAGGUUUCCCUGUCCCUGUGGCCUACUCAAUUUACAUAAGAGCUCUUUGUCGAAUUGGAAAGCUAGAAGAAGCUCUAUCAGAAUUAGCCAGUUUUGAAGGAGAUAGAUCUUUACUAGACCAGUAUACUUAUGGAAGCAUUGUUCAUGGUUUGUUGCAGAGAGGAGACUUACAAAAAGCACUGGAUAAAGUGAAUUCCAUGAAGGAAAUCGGAAUAAAACCCGGUGUCCAUGUCUACACAUCUCUGAUUGUUCAUUUCUUCAAGGAGAAACAGCUCGAGAAGGUUCUAGAGACAUGUCAGAAAAUGGAAGAAGAAAGCUGCGAACCUUCGGUUGUUACAUAUACGGCAAUGAUAUGCGGAUACAUGAGCCUAGGACAAGUGGAAGAGGCUUGGAAUGCAUUCCGCAAUAUGGAAGAGAAAGGAACUUCACCAGAUUUUAAAACAUACAGUAAAUUCAUAAAUUGUUUGUGCCAAGCAAGCAAAUCUGAAGAUGCCCUGAAGCUUCUGUCUGAGAUGCUGGAUAAGGGUAUUGCUCCAAGCACUAUCAAUUUCCGAACAGUUUUCUACGGUUUAAACAGAGAAGGCAAGCAGGAUCUUGCCCGGAUUGUUCUACAGAAGAAGAACGUUGAAGAAGCCACCAAAACAUUCGGCGAGAUGAUUCGUUCGGGUUUUGCCCCACAUAGAGAAUCAGUCCAAGACAACUUGGGAUGCUUAUGUGAAGUCGGUGGCACAAAGGAGGAUAAACGUUGUUUGGAUUCUCUUGGCAAGAUAGGCAAAUCUGAAGAUGCCCUGAAGCUUCUGUCUGAGAUGCUGGGUAAGGGUAUUGCUCCAAGCACUAUUACUUUCCGAACAGGUUUUCUACGGGUUAAACAGAGAAGGCAAGCAGGAUCUUGCCCGGAUUGUUCUACUGAAGAAGUCGGCUUUGGUAGCACAGUGAAAGGUAUCUACAUGACCUCUCCCUCUCUCUGACAAAUUACUAUAAUUCUGUAUCCAUGAGAAGAACCUCAUACAAAUGGAUCAAAUCAGAUCAAUUUCUAAGCAACGAAAUCUGUAAAUGCUCUUAUUACAAAGUCCUCUGUUCUAUAUAACUAAACUAAAAAAAGAAGC